AUGGUAUUCUACAAGAUUACCUUAGCCAGGUCGACUAUAGGUCUGCCCGACAAGGUCAAGGGUGUGGUGCAUAGUUUGGGGCUAGGCAAGAGGGGCACUACCGUCUACAGAAAGGUAUCGCCAGGCAGCGCAGGGUCCAUUGCGAAGAUCAAGGAGCUGGUGAAGGUGGAAGUGACCGAGCAUGCGCUUACAAAGGAGGAGCAGCGGAUGCUACGCAAGUCCAACCCGGGGUUCACCGUGGAAAAGCGUGUAUGA